UUAAAGCUUGCAUUGCCCUCUUCCCUUAUCUCUUCUCUCUCUUUCUCUCUCUCUCUCUCUCUCUAUACAACUCAGCUUCCCAAUUCCCAUCUGAAAGGAAUUCCAUGCUCCACAAGUGAGUGAGAGACAGACCCACCAAAGGCCACCAAUUUGAUACAAUUCUUUUGAGGGUCACCUACAGAUGUACUAGGACCAAAGAAAAACACAACAAUUUUUUUUUUUUUUUUUGGAAAAAAAAAAAUACACCACCCCCACAUCUCCAACUAUAUGAUCAUGGAUGAUCAUGAAAAUAGUCUCCGCAGGCCUAAUUUCCCUUUACAAUUGCUAGAGAAAAAAGAAGAAGAUCUUUCAUCAGCUUGUUCUAGCUCACACUACCCUAAUACAAUUACUACAAUUCUUACUACUACUGCAAGUACUACAAGUACUAGUCUUCAAGUUCAACAAGCUAGUGAGCAAUCCAAGUUAAGCAAUAAUAAGCCACCACCAAAGAGAACAUCAACCAAAGACAGGCACACAAAAGUCGAUGGCCGUGGCCGCCGGAUCAGAAUGCCUGCUGCUUGUGCUGCUAGAGUUUUUCAGCUCACUAGAGAGCUUGGUCACAAGUCCGAUGGUGAAACCAUUGAGUGGCUAUUACAACAAGCUGAGCCAGCGGUGAUUGCUGCAACUGGGACUGGUACUAUUCCAGCUAACUUCACGUCCCUUAAUAUCUCUCUUCGCAGCUCAGGUUCAACCAUGUCAGCUCCUUCACACUUCAUGAGGAAUAAUACUAGCUAUUUGUUCAAUACUAGUUCAAAUUUUUCAAUGCCACACCACAGGAAUAUUAGUAGUAGUUUUUUGUUCCCUAGUACAACAUCAUCGGAUCAGACUAAUAGUGGUUCUGGUAAUUCAAAUUCCAACUCGUCUAUGUUUUUGAAUUCUAAUGUGAAUGUGAACAAUGUGACAUUGCAUUCACAGGCAAAGCAAGAGACUUUGUUGGACGUGUCUGAUUGUGAAGGGAGGGUUAUUAAGAGAAGACCAGUAUUGGAUCAUCAGCAAGAAAUGUCACAAAAUCAAAUGGGUGGGUAUUUGUUACAGUCUAGUAAUUCGGGUUCGAUUAAUCCAGGAACGUUUUGGAUGUUGACAAAUCCGAAUCCUAGUACUACACAAGUGAUGAGUGGUGGUCACGACCCUAUGUGGACAUUUCCUUCUAGUGGUGGUGGCGGCGGUGGUGGUGCUAACAGUGGUGCUGGUAUGUAUCGGGGCUCUAUACCUAUGUCUAGUGGGCUACAUUUUAUGAAUUUUGCUCCUCCUGUGGCUCUAUUGCCUAGCCAACAAUUUGGUACUGGAAUUGGUGGUGGUGGUGGUGGCGGCGGCGGCGGUAGUGGUGACACUCAUUUAGGCAUGCUUGCUGCGCUCAAUGCGUAUAGGCCAAUUGUGGGUAGCGGAGCUAUGGAGUCUCCGGCAAGCGGGACACAUCAUCAUGGAGGAGAAGAUGGACGUGAAACAAGUCACAACUCGUAGAUCAAAAUUACAAGUGUAUGGUUUGUUUGCAUUAAUUUCAUUUUAUUUUUAGUACUUUCCUUAAGUACAUAUAUUUUGAUUUGGCAACACGGGCUUAAGCUUGAUCUGGCUUUAAAAUUGAGUUUAAUAUAUUUUGGUUUUGGUGUGGGGGUUAGUGAGGAAUGUUGUUGUUAGGGUUUGAGAAGAAAAUAUUAACAUGGGUAUUUUCUGAA